GUAGUGUAACUUUUGAUACUUAGGUCAUUGUAGCUAUAAGCUCCAAUCCAGUGAGAUUAGCACUGGAUUUCAUAUAAAUCUUAUUUCAAAUGUCAAAUAAAUGUCAAUUGGUCAUGUUGUAAGAAUUUCAAUUUGACUCUUCCGAGUAAUGUUUUCUAAACUGACAGCUGCAUAAUUCUUUAGGGUUGGGUAAUCAUAGAGGGAUGUAAUACUGUAAUUGAAUAAUGAUCCCAAAUCAUUCAAAUGUGUAGUUGAAGUCUGUCAGAAACUCAUUUGUGCCUGAACAGGUUGGGUUGGUACAUCGAAACACCAUUUUGUUACAUUAUGUUAUAAAGUAAUAGAGUUCAUGUGCUUGAGUGAUGUUCUGAAGCAUGACGUGACAUUUAUAGCAGUGCCAACUAAUUGCGUACCUGCUUUGGUAUGUUUGGGUGAUCGUCUUUCCCACUUUUCCCUGGCUUGAACUUGCCAUCUCUGCCUGUGCGAGUGAGCUGCAGUGUUUGAGGAGUUGGGAAGUCUCCUUCUAGAGAUUUCCACCAACAGCUGGCAACUGAAGUCACAGCCACGAGUCGCCACUAUGUUGACCGGCUUUUUGACCCCGACCCACAGAACGUGCUGCAGGGAGUCAUUGACAUGAAGAAUGCUGUUAUUGGAAACAACAAACAGAAGGCCAACCUGAUUGUGCUGGGAGCCGUGCCAAGACUCCUGUAUCUUCUCCAGCAGAGCUCCUCUAGUCUGGAGCUAAGGACCGAAUGUGCGGUCGUGUUGGGAAGUCUGGCCAUGGGCACAGAGAACAACAUCAAGUCCCUGGUGGACUGCCACAUCAUCCCAGCCCUGCUACAAGGUCUCUUGUGUUCUGAUCUGAUCUUCAUUGAGGCAUGUCUGCGCUGUUUAAGAACCGUCUUCAUCAGUCCCGUCACACCAGUGCAGCUGCUCUACACAGACCCUACUGUGAUCCCCCACCUCAUGUCCCUGCUGAGUCGGUCACAGCACACACAGGAAUACAUCACACAAAUCUUCGCCCACUGUUGCAAGACUCCAGAACAUCAGACGGUGUUGUUCAACCACGGUGCCAUCCAGAACAUCGCUCCUCUUCUCAUCUCUCCCUCCUAUAAGGUACGGAUGCAGGCGUUAAAGUGUUUCUCAGUUUUGGCCUAUGAGAACGCUCAGGUCUCCAUGACACUGGUGAAUGUGCUUGUAGAUGGUGAGCAGCUCUCUCAGGUUUUUGUUAGAAUGAUGCAAAGGGACAAACCCAUCGAAAUGCAGCUUACAGCAGCCAAAUGUUUAACAUACAUGUGUCGAGCAGGAGCCAUCAGGACAGACGACAGCUGUAUUGUACUAAAGACUUUGCCGUGCCUAGUGCGGAUGUGCAGUAAAGAGCGGUUACUAGAGGAGAGGGUGGAGGGGGCCGAGACGCUAGCCUACCUGAUGGAGCCGGACGUAGAACUACAGCGGAUUGCAAGCGUCACUGACCACCUUGUGUCCAUGUUAGCUGACUAUUUUAAAUACCCAAGCUCCGUCAGCGCCAUCACUGAUAUUAAGAGGUUGGACCAUGACUUGAAACAUGCACAUGAGCUGCGACAGGCAGCCUUUAAACUCUAUGCCUCACUAGGCUCCAAUGACGAGGACAUCAGGAAAAAGAUUACAGAGACAGAAAACAUGAUGGACAGGAUUGUUAGUGGCCUAUCAGAAUCUAGUAUCAAAGUACGGUUAGCAGCAGUCAGAUGUCUGCACAGUUUAUCAAGGUCUGUACAACAGCUAAGGACAAGUUUCCAUGAUCAUGCAGUAUGGAAGCCACUAAUGAAGUUAUUACAGAAUGCACCAGAUGAGGUCCUGGUCAUGGCCUCUUCAACACUAUGCAACUUACUUCUGGAGUUUUCACCCAGCAAGGAGCCUAUCUUAGAGUCUGGGGUCAUCGAGUUACUAUGCAGCCUCACACAAAGUGACAGUCCAGCUCUAAGAGUCAACGGCAUCUGGGCUCUCAUGAACAUGGCCUUCCAGGCAGAUCAGAAGGUGAAGGUGGAAAUAGUUCGAGCUUUGGGCACAGAACAGCUUUUUAGACUCCUGUCUGAUCCUGAUACCAAUGUGCUCAUGAAAACAUUGGGGCUGCUUCGAAACCUGCUCUCUACCCGGCCGCAUAUAGACCAGAUCAUGAGCUCACAUGGAAAGCAGAUAAUGCAAGCGGUCACGCUUAUCCUAGAGGGAGAACACAGCAUAGAGGUCAAAGAGCAGACAUUGUGCAUAUUGGCCAACAUUGCUGACGGAAACACUGCCAAGGAACUCAUUAUGACCAAUGAUGACAUGCUCCAAAAAAUUAAAUAUUACAUGGGUCACUCCAAUGUGAAGCUGCAGCUGGCUGCCACCUUCUGCAUCUCUAACCUCAUCUGGAAUGAGGAGGACGGCUCACAAGAGAGACAAGACAAGCUAAGGGAGAUGGGCUUUGUUGAUAUCUUACACAAACUCACCCAGGCAUCAGAUCCCAACCUCUGUGACAGGGCAAAAACGGCGAUGCAGCAGUAUUUGGCAUGACCUCGAAGGAAGGCGGGAUACGGCCUCACUAACAAUCUCUAGGAGGAUCACAUCUCCUGUGUUUUUGUUUUAGAUUCAAAUUUCGUUUCGCUCUUCCUUUUGUUUUGUUGCACAAGACACCUUUUGUUGUGGAGACCCCGAACAGCUUCGUAAAUCAGAGACACGGUUGCCAGGGGCCCACAGCACCUUUUGGGCUUUCAGCUACGUUGGCUUAAUACGUUUUCUGCUGAAUUCUUGGAACUAUUAUUUUUUUUGUUUGUUUGUUUUUUGGACUUAAUGUGAAGGAAAAAAAAAUUCCUCGACGUGUGUUGCAGCGCCACCUGGUGGAUUGAGGCUUUGACGCUUUGGACUCCCUUUGGAGAAAGCCGACUGACCUCUCAGUGCUACGCUUGUAGGAGCUUAGUCUCCUUAUUUUGGUUUGCUGAUUUACUAUUGAUAUUAUUAUAACUAUUAUUAUUUUAAUUGGGACUUUGACACAAGGUUAGAAAAGACUGCUUGUUUUUGUUCUUUUUUUGUGGAUACAUACCUCGUAAAUAUAUAUAAAUAUAAAUAUAUAAAUAUAUUUUUUGGAUUUUUAAUUUCUCUUUCAGGUUGUUUUUCCCCUUUGUAUUUUCCUCUCUGUAAUAUAGGCUGAUGUGGGUAUAUCUGGAGAGGCAGCAUGUUGGGUCAUAUACACUGAUCUAUAUAUAAUGUUCUCUAUUAUAGAUCAGUGGUCAUAUUCAAAGACAUUUUCGUCAAAAUCACAACCCCAAAUAGAAAAGUGAAAGUUUGUUUGCUCUUUCCACAGGUCUUUGUUUUCUCAUUUUCACUCCCUUUAUCUUCACACGAAUCGGUCUCCUCAUAACUCCCUCUUUUUGAAGCUCUAUAGUGAAUGUUUCCACUCAAAUAUAUGCAGGCCUCUGCCAUGGAGCAGUCCA